AAGAUGGCGACUGAUCGUCGAAGUGGAGGAAUUGAACGUGUUCUGUCGAAGUGUCAAUCUUGUGUGGAAGCUGGAAACUACUAUGAAGCACAUCAGAUGUACAGAACAUUGUAUUUCAGAUAUAAAGGACAAAAAAAGUACAAAGAAGCUUCAAGCCUACUAUAUCACGGGGCUUUAACACUGAUGAAACAUGACCAGACAUCCAGUUUUACAGAUUUGUCCUUUUUACUGAUAGAGCUCCUCAAUCAGUCAGAAACUCCUGUAUCAGAGGACAUGAUAGAAAAAAUAGUAACCUUGUUCAGAGGAAUGGAUCCGCAUAGUGAAGAGAGGCAGAAUUUUGUGGUGGCCGCUGUGCGAUGGACCAUGAAGGUCAACUCACAACACAAGCGGGGUCAUCCUGAUCUCCAUCAGAAGCUUGGACUGUCCUUCUGGGAUGAAAAGAAUUAUGUUCAAGCAAGGUAUCAUCUCAUACAUUCACAUGAUGGAAAGAAUUGUGCCCUUAUGUUAAUAGAGUGCCAUAUAAAAGGUGGUUACCCAAGUGAAGUAGACUUGUUCAUAGCACAGGCAGUUCUGCAAUAUUUAUGUUUGAAAAACAAAGACACAGCACAGGUUGCCUUUGUUAAAUACACAGAAGAUCACCCUGAAGUACAGAGUGGUCCCCCUUAUGUUCACCCUCUCCUUAACUUUCUAUGGUUCUUACUGCUAGCUGUAGAAGGGUAAGUACU